AUGGCCGAGUGCACAGACGUAAAUACAAUAUUUCCUCAUAUACCAUUUAAUAAUUCGAAAAGUUUUCAUUCAACAUCAGAAGGUAAAGUUUGGACAAGAUUAUUAAUUCAUCUAUGUUGGUGGUUACAUGACAUGUAUGAAAUCAAAGGUACUGAUACAAAUGCAAAAUUCGAAUAUAUUGAAGAGAAGAUCAGUCAAUGUCAAAGUUUAUUUCCUGGUCAGUUUAAAUUAAUGUUUUCAGAUCCAGAUAUUUCUCCAAAUAAACAACAUCCUUUAUUGAUUUGUCGUGAAGAUAAACAAAAAAUUAUAAUUGUUGUAUUUCGUGCAACUGUUUCAUCAAAGUCUCUUCAAGAUGUUUUUACAGAUAUUAGUAUCCAUUCAAAUCAUCAAAUUUAUCUUGGUGAUCGACAUUCGGGAUUUUCGAAACGAGCUGAAUCAGGUCCAUUGCUUGCUGUUACAAAUUGGCUACGUCGAGGAUGGAAAAUAAUUAUUACAGGACAUUCUCUUGGUGGUGCUGUCAGUCAAUUGUUUACUGCACAAGUAAUUAGCAACCUUGUUGAAGCUGGUUUAUUACCCGAAAUGGUUUCAUUACGUUGCAUUACCUUUGGAACACCUCAAUGUGCUGAUUAUCAUUUUUGGAGCAGUUAUACAAAAUGGUAUGAUGUUUUUGAUACAUAUAUAUACGAACAUGAUGCCAUUUUUCGUUUGGCCUCUUUUGGAACUAAGUUUAUAAAAGAAGUAACUGAUUCAUUUGUUGAUUAUCUUGGGAAGAUUGGACUACAAAUAUGUAAUCAUGUCAUUCAAUAUAGAAAUCAAGAUCUAACGAAUGUUCUUGGAAAUGCUAGUGAUCAAAUUUAUCCAUUCGCUAGUGAUAUGCUAUUUCCGACCUAUUCUAUAUUUGGUCGUCAUCAUUUUAUUCGUAAAGAUGAAAAUAGUGAACUUAAAAUUGAUACUAUUGGUGAAAAAGAAAAAGAAAAAGAACGAUUAUUAAAAGAUUUGAGUGCAGGACAUCGUUGGUACAAUUAUUUUAUUGAAGAAAAAUUGAUUCCUAAUCAAUUAAAAUUUAUUUUUCGCGAAUUUAUGGAACAUGGAUGUUAUCCGUUCAGUAUUAAUCAAAUGUUUAAUAAAGAAGCUACGCUACUUUUAAGUACAAGCAUAUCAGAAAAACAGGAAUUACUUCGAAUACAAGAAGAUCAAAAGAAGUCUAAUUGGACGUCUGAUUCGAUUCCUCAUUUGAGUGCUAUGAUGAAUUAUAAUGUUGUAAAUAGUUUAUCUCGUAUUCACUUUCAAGGAUUUUUGGUAGAUUUUAUCAUAUCUGUCGAAUUACCAAUUGAAUUGAUAAAACCUGGACAGACAAAUAUAAAAAAACCAAUUUUAUCUCAAGAUAAACCAGAUGAAUGUUCAAUUUCAUGUUUCAAUUCCUAUUUGUCUAUGAAUUUUCUUAAAACAAAAUGUUGGUUUGAAGUUAAGGUAAAAACUUAUUUCGGUCAAUUUAAUGUACAAGUAGUAAUUAUAGCUAAUUUUGAUGCAACAAUACCUUCAGUUUAUCAACUUGAUCCAAUAUCAACUAUAUUUCGAGCUUUUGUUGAAUUCAUAUUGGAUGCAAAUUCUUUUGAACAUAUUGAUUCAUCAUUGACUCAUUGUUUUUCUUCAUUUCUCAGUACACUUGAGAGAAUCGACUCAAACAAAUUUGAUACUUUACUAGCUCGAUAUUCUGCUGAAAUGCAAUCUCGUAAUUUAUCUACUGAAAUUGACAAAGAACUACAAAAUUUGCCUUUACCGAAAAGAACCGAUAAAUUGGAAACUUAUUUUAAACCAAAGUUGGCUUCAUUAAAAAAACUAGCUGAAGAAAAUAAAAAUUCUGAAAAAGGAGAACAUGCUUUGUAUAUCUAUAAUGCUUUAAAGUACGAAAUUGAUGGUCAAAAUAAACAAUCAUCAAUUAAUAACAACGAUUCGACCAUAGAUUAUAAGUUAGUACCUUUAUAUUUGAAAUUUAGUCAGCUUCAGAACUAUUUGAAUAUCUUACAUGAAGAUCCUGGAAUUGAUAGUGUUAGAGAAAAUCUUAAAGUUUUAAUGGCAUCCAUUUUCUAUGUUAUGAUUAAACUAAGACGAUUGGAAUCUAUUGAACUUAUUCCAGUCAUUGAAAAACUAAAUGUAGAUUUGUUAGAAUGCUACAUAUUAUUAAGAAUUGCAGAUAUUCUAGAUGUGAAAGAUUGGGCAGUAGGAGUUGUUAUGGGUCUUUGUGCCAUGAAGACUACCGUACAUUGUGUUGUACCUGAUUACAGAAAAUGUAUACAAUCAUUAUUAAAAGUUGCUGUUGCACUACUGAAAUCAACCGGUGAAAACAUUGAUAAAGAUACAAGUGAAUGGAAUAUAUUAAAUCGAAUAGCCGAAUGUCAAUGGUCACACACACUAAUACAAGCAAAAUUGUCUCAACAAUUAGACAGCGUUUGGGAUAAAAUAAUUGAAAAACAACCAUUAAAAUGUAUUCCUCAUGAAAAUCGAUGUCACAUCAUCGAUGUUAUUGAAAUUUGUUGUCAAUUGUGUAACAUGAGAGAAAUAUUGGCUGGAAAACCACCAAAAGUUGUUAUAACAGGUCUAUCACAAACAGGAAAAUCAACAUUAUUUCAAUAUCUUACAGGACGAGAAUUAAGAGAAAUUUCCGAUAUAAGUAAUUUCAAUACUCGAAUAUCAGUUCAAUCUCAAGCUUUUAUUAAAUUAAAUGAUAAUACUACUGCUGAUGAUUUAGUACUACCAAUUGAUCUUGUUGAUAGUCCUGGAUAUGAUGAUGCAACUGGACAAGCUGAAAAUUUAUUGGGUAUGUCUUUCAAUGCGGCUAAUCUAUUUAUCGUCGUUACGACAUUAAAAGAUAUUAAUCAAAAACAUACAAUAUCAUUAUUAAAUAAAAUUUUAUAUUCUACAAAAGUCAAAAUAUUAGUUUUAAUUAAUCAAGUUGAUAUUCGAUUGAUGGAAAAAUGGCAAGAAGUUAAAAGGCAAGAAGUUAGAAGGAGAUCAUCUUACAAAAAGAAAGAUAGUGACGAUGAUUCAGAUAUCGAUGAAACAAACCAAGAAUUUAAUCGAUGUCAAAUAUUAGAUCAAAUGAUUGAACGUCCUCGAAAAGAAUUAAUUCAAGGAUUAAUGAUUGCUGCAGAAGUAAUCAAAACUCGUGUAACAUUUCAAAAAGUUAUUUUAAAAGGUUUUAAUGACUUUGACAAGAUAUUUAUAAGAUAUAAUAAUCAAUAUAAAAAUGAUGGCUUUCGUGAUAAAGUACACAAAUCAAAUGUUCAAAAAUGGAUUAAACAAAAUCUAAUUAACUCAAUAAGUUCUCAUCAAUCUUCAUAA